AUGCCCCCCAAAUAUUACCCCCGGCCGAGGGUACAAAAGGUCAUAGUGAAAGUGAACUUUGGGACGCGCAACGGAAAAUUCAAGAUCGAGAAGCCAAAGAAGCCCCAGCCAAAAUGGAAGCGCUACAACGGGAGGCUCGUAUCCAACCUGCCCAGACGGGCCAACCGCGGCGGCCGCGGCGACCUCGAGUGCUUCUACCACGUCGAGCGCGAGGACGGCGAGGUCCUGCCCCCGCCGCAGGCCCUGUGGAGGCAGAAGUUCGGCGACGACCAGGUCGCCCGCUACGUGCCAGACUGGGACGAGGAGUCUGGGAACCUGACCGACGCGCUGAGGAGGCGCAGCGAGGACAGCGACGCCUCGAGGGACUUCAACGGCGAGUACGGGCUGCCGUACCUCUAUGUGUACGACGAGGAUGCGGAGCCCGACGCGCUAGGGGACCGGUACAGGCGCUGGCGGCCCCUGCAGAUCCUCGCCAACGGUGGCUACGGUGUUGUCAUAACGUACGUGGACGACACGCGCGGCUUCACCGCGGGUGAUGACAUUAGCGACGACGACAAGAUCGUCGCCAAGUUCAAUUAUAUAGAUGGUGACCUCGUGGAAAUCUUGGCUUCUGUGAUCCGUGACAUUGGAGUGCUCGCCGAUUUGUUUUCCGAUAGCCAGGGAUCUCAGCAGUCAUCAGCGUCAGGUCCCUCAACCCCAGCGCAGGCCACAGGCUUACCAACACCGCCGUCAACAGGGGGCAGAGAGGCCAAGAGAGCGGUCAGGAGAUUAAUGGGGAGGGCAGAAUUGGCAGGAAAAAUCAGGAAGUUCAACAAAGAGAUGGCACGCCCGUCGUCGCCGACCCCGGGCUCGAAAGCGCGCACAGCACGCUCAGGACGCCGGUCGAGUGGCGGCAGCCUCAGUUCAGGAUAUAUGCACUUUGAAAGACCGAGGUCUGACGAGGCGCUCAAAAUUGAUUCCGCUGAUACGUUUCGCAUCGAGAACCGGAUCCUCCAGCUGCUGGAUAUGACCGGCUCGCCACAUUUUCCGAAGUUGUGGAAGCUCGCUGAUCCGCCGCAGGACGAGACGCUCUGCACUAUGGAUUACAUCCCGGGCGCCCGCACAUUUGACGAAGAAUUCGAUCUGGUGUCGAACCGGGAGGUGCCCAUCCGCUUGAUGUGGGAGUCGAUCCUCUGCCUGAGUAAAGGUUUGUCCGUGAUGGCCUACGGGAGCGAGGACCCGGCGCCGUCGCAUAGAGUAUACGGGUGGAACGAAAUCGUCAAUCUUGACUGGAGCGAGCGAAACAUCUUCGUGCGGCAAGACUCUCCGUCGCAUACGUGCGCACACCAGACUUGUUUCAUGAUUGGAGACUUCGGGCUCUGUAUCAUCGUGCCCAGCAGCCCCAAAGCGAAGGCCGCGUUCCGCCUGGAGCAUCUCAAGUUGGACUGGCAGAAAGAAGCCGCGGAACGACUGCCGGAAGCACAAAUAGACACAGAGACACCCCUCCGGGAGCGGAUAGACGAUCCCAUAGUAGGGCACUUCUCCUACAAGUCGAAUAUAUUCAGCCUGGCUGUUGUAUUGCAGGAGAAGCUCGGCGGGAUGAGUGACGCGAGCUCCGGCGAGACCUAG